CCUCUCAUCACAGGCCCCAGCCUCACUCUUCUCACAGCAAGACAUCGCAGCCUCACAACCACACAGCAACGUGAUCGCCAUGGGCGGGCUCACCAUGGAGCAGGCCUUCGUGCAGGCCCCCGAGCACCGCCCCAAGCCCACCGUCACCGAGGCCACCGGCAUCCUGGUCAUCGACCUCUCGCCUCUCACCGCCAGCGACACCGACGCGGCCGCGGUGGACGCGCUGGCCGCCGAGGUGGGCGCGGCGAGCCGGGACUGGGGCUUCUUCGUGGUGGUUGGCCACGGCGUGCCCGCGGAGACCGUGGCGCGCGCGACGGCGGCGCAGCGCGCGUUCUUCGCGCUGCCGGCGGAGCGGAAGGCCGCCGUGCGGAGGAGCGAGGCGGAGCCGCUCGGGUACUACGAGUCGGAGCACACCAAGAACGUCAGGGACUGGAAGGAGGUGUUCGACCUCGUCCCGCGCGAUCCGCCGCCGCCAGCAGCCGUGGCCGACGGCGAGCUCGUCUUCAAGAACAAGUGGCCCCAGGAUCUGCCGGGCUUCAGAGAGGCGCUGGAGGAGUACGCGGCAGCGAUGGAGGAGCUGUCGUUCAAGCUGCUGGAGCUGAUCGCCCGGAGCUUGAAGCUGAGGCCCGACCGGCUGCACGGCUUCUUCAAGGACCAGACGACGUUCAUCCGGCUGAACCACUACCCUCCAUGCCCGAGCCCGGACCUGGCGCUGGGAGUGGGGCGGCACAAGGACGCGGGGGCGCUGACCAUCCUGUACCAGGACGAAGUGGGCGGGCUGGACGUCCGGCGGCGCUCCUCCGACGGCGGCGGCGGCGAGUGGGUGCGGGUGAGGCCCGUGCCGGAGUCGUUCGUCAUCAACGUCGGCGACCUCGUCCAGGUGUGGAGCAACGACAGGUACGAGAGCGCGGAGCACCGGGUGUCGGUGAACUCGGCGAGGGAGAGGUUCUCCAUGCCCUACUUCUUCAACCCGGCGAGCUACACCAUGGUGGAGCCGGUGGAGGAGCUGGUGAGCGACGACGACCCGCCCAGGUACGACGCCUACAGCUGGGGCGAGUUCUUCAGCACCAGGAAGAACAGCAACUUCAAGAAGCUCAGCGUGGAGAACAUUCAGAUCGCGCAUUUCAAGAAGACCCUCGUCCUCGCCUAGAUAAGCAGCAGGAUACUACAGGUCUACAGGACUAGGACAAGCCGAUCGAGGUGACCGGCCGUCGUCUUCAGAUUCAGUAUAUGCGUGUCGCCGUUCGUGUUAGAACAAAUUAAUAAUGUGCGCGCUGUGUGCUGUGUGUGUGGAGUAAAAAAAAACUAAACAUGGAUGUGCAUGUUCAAAAAAAAAAACAUGGAUGCGAGUAUGUUUGGGAAUAAUAACAGGCUUGUGACGGUCUGGUUUAUUUGCAAAUUCAAACCGAAUUGGUUGAUCUUC